AUGGCUUCCCACCAGGACAAGGCUAGCUACCAGGCCGGCGAGACCAAGGCCCGCACCGAGGAGAAGACUGGGCAGGCGAUGGGGGCGACCAAGGACACGGCGCAGCACGCCAAGGAGACCACCAAGCAGAAGGCGUCCGACACCGGCAGCUACCUGGGCCAGAAGACCGAGGAGGCCAAGCAGAAGGCCGGCGAGACGACGGAGGCCGCCAAGCAGAAGGCCGGCCAGACGACGGAGGCCGCCAAGCAGAAGGCCGGCCAGACGACGGAGGCCACCAAGCAGAAGGCCGGCCAGACCACGGAGGCCGACAAGCAGAAGGUCGCCGAGGACACCGUCGUCUCCGGCAAGGAGAAGUCCGGCGGCGUCAUCCAGCAGGCCACUGAGCAGGUGAAGAGCGCGGCGGCGGGCGCCAAGGACGCGGUGAUGAACACGCUGGGGAUGGGCGGGGACAACAGCAAGCAGGGCGACACCAACACCAACAACAGCAAGGACGACUCCACCAUCACCAGGGAUCACUAG